CUGAAAUUGAGCGGCAGCUGAAGUUUUCUUGCCACCCUGACCAAGCCUCACUGGGCUUCAUUCCGCCUUUUAGGUCGACUCAAGAGCAGAUCGCCGCCUAAAACUUGUCAGCUGCUAGGAACGGAUCAUCGCAGCGUAGAGCUGACGUGGAUUGACGAGAUAUCCCAAUUGUGCUCGACGAAAUUUCCGAGAGUUGCGCUGAUUUGGCUUCAUUUCGCGCGGCAUUGUACGUCCCUAUAGUUUUGAGGCGCCUCCAGACUAGACGGCGCUUCAUCUCGGCAUUGUACUUGCAUAUUAGGCCCGGGUGCCGCCCUCGCGGCAGCAAGACUCCACCCUCUUCUCCCUGGUGCCAGAAGCGGAGCAAGCAUGGAGGAGGGAACAGCGCACGCGGGGGGGAGGGACGGGGGGAGGGACGGGGGCAUGGAGGGGGCGACAGUGCACGGGGUGAUGCGGGAAGGGAUGGCGGUGCUGCUGGACGUGAAUGGCGAGAAGGCGUCCUUCGCCAUGCUGCAGAGCAACGGCACUGUGCGUGUGGGCAAGCAGCACUGCUCCCUCGCGCCCCUCAUUGGCUACCCCUUCGGCUCUGUCUUUGAACUGCGCAUGGGGGGAGAAGAGGGGGGAGGGGGAGCGGGGGGAGAGGGGAGUGACAAGAAGAACGUGGGAGGAGAGGGGGAAGAUAAGGGGGGUGAAAGGGAGGGCGGAAGGGGGAAAUGGGAUAGGAGGGGAGGAAGAGGUGGCAGGGGGAGAGGGGGUGGGAGAGGAGGGAGGAGGCCACAGCUGGUGCGCGUAUCAAAGGAGCAGCUGAGGGAAGAUGCUCUUGCCGCCAUUGGGGAAGUUGACGCUGCUGCCGUUGCUACUGAUACAGCUGCUGCUGCUGAUACUGCUGCAGCUGCUGCUGCUGCUGCUGCUGGUGAUACUGCUAUUGCUGCUGCAGAAAGUGAGGCUGUAGAGGCGAGUACAGAGGAUGUGACAAGUGAAGAGGGUGUUAAAACUGCAGAGGGGGUGAGGGACAAUCGCAAUCUGAUUGAUGACAACACGGCGCAGAAGCUGUCAGCUUCUGAGAUCGAAGCAUUGAAGAGGCAAGCGGCGUCGGGGCACGACGUGGUGCGAGCCCUGGCAGCCAACAGCGUGUCGUUCCACUCCAAGACGGACUUUGCCCAGGAGAAGUACCUUCGCAAGAAGCAGAAGAAGCACGCUCCUCGAAUGGUCGCCCGCUUCCCAACAGCCGACAGUGUGUGCGAGGCCUACUUUGCCAAGGCGCCUGCAAGGAUCAGUUUCCUGCGUCCUGACAGCCUGGCAAUGCUACUCACCAUGGGCAAUGUUGGCGCGCACUCUCACCUGCUAGUGCUGGAUGGCACGGGGGGGCUGAUCACUGCUGCUGCUGCACAGCAGAUGGGAGGCCAUGGCACCAUCUGCAGUGCCUUCUAUGGCUCUCACAUAUCCCACGCACCAUCCAUCGACAUCAUUCGCCAUCUCAACCUCUCCAUCCCAGCUGCCGCCAUAAUCCACCGAGCAUCGGUGCAGCAGUUGCUGGACGCACAACACAGCUGGUCCCAGCAGCAAGCAUGUACCGGUGCACAAACCACAGCGACAAUUAAUGCUGCAACAACGCCCAAUGAUGCAACAGCAGCAGCGGGUGUGGAAAAUGCAGAAGAGGCAGUUACCAUUGCAACAACAUCGAACGAUGCAGCAGCACCAGCAGCAGCAGCAGACGGGGUAGCACCAGUGGGGGCUGAAGGGGGGGAGGCUGAAGGCCGGCCUUGCAAGAGGCCAAAAGGGGAAGUGGACGAGACUGCUGCUCUGGCUGUAGCAGAGGGCGCAGCAGGCGGUGAAGGAGAGGGGAAAGCAGCAGAUGGGGUGGAUGGACCAAAUGGGGUGGGUGUGGUGUCACGAGGAGCAGACAAAAUGGAAGUGGAGGAGGGGGGUGCAGAGAGAGUGAAGGAGGGUGCAGACGGUGAGAGAGAUAGUAUGGGGGAGAAGAGAGGGGAUGAAGGGCAGAAGGGUGUGAGGGAAGGCGUGAAGAAGAGCAGCUUACCUCGGGAGGAGCGGGGGGCGCAGGGAGCGUUGGGGCGAGUGGCUUCGAGUGACGACAUGCGGCGGUGGUUGCAGGAGCAUGGAGGGUUCAGCAGCCUCAUAGUGGCAGCACCGACGUUCAGCCCCUCCGCAGUGCUGCAGCAGCUGCUGCCCCUGCUGCAGCCGUCAGCGCCCUUCGUGCUCCAUCAUACGACGCUGCAGCCACUAGCGGAGGCAAUGCGAGCAGCAAGGAGCAACGCUGUGGCCCUGGAGCUGAGUGAGCCGUGGCUGAGGGAGUACCAGGUGCUCCCCCAGAGGACCCACCCGCACAUGAGCAUGUCAGCUACUGGAGGAUACCUGUUGACCGGGAUUAAAGUGGUAACCCCAUGAAGCCGUCGUUAUGAACCAGCACCCCCAGCAUGUGCAGACGAUCAGUGGUCGUUUUGCUUGAUGACAUUGUUAGCUUCCGUUCUGUGCUUUUUUUCAUCUCUGCCAGCUACACUCCACUUGUCCUGGUGCAUUGAUAAUGCAACUUAGUCAGCGAUG